GAUAGCUUUGAUAAGUACAUAUGCAUAAUUCAAGGGAGAGAAAUAAGGAAAUAGUUUUAUCAAAAAGUUAUGUGGGGAGCAAGCAGUCCUCUAGUUUUGAGGAUACUAAUUCUGCUAAAGAGAAAGCUAAAUCUAUCUAUCCACCUAUAGAAAGCCAUUGGAAUUUACCUCCUCAAAAGGAGUACAAGAAAUUGUCUUCAUUAAACUUAAAUUGCAAGUCCAUGUUGUCUUACCCACUCAAGAUUCGGGAUUCACUAAAGAGAAUUAGAAAGAGCCAAAGCUUGCUAGCAGUUCCCAAAGAAGCUCGUGAUCCAAAAGAUGAUCAAAUUGUUCAAUCUUUCCGUGAAUUGCUUUUGCUCGAGGGCCAUCUGCCAGGGAAACACAGUGUGAUUACCACACACUUUUACGAUUUUUGCGAAUGAGGGAUUUUGAUCUGAUGAAAGCAAAAGAUAUGUUUUUACAAUAUCUUAAAUGGCGAGAAGAAUUUGAAGUUGAUACAAUUGUAAAGGUGAAUUUCAGACUAUCUACCUGUAGCAAUUUGUUGUUGGAACUAUUUUGAUGCCCAUGAGUGGAAGUCUAGAUCAUAUUUGCUGUCCUUAGAUAAUAUAAUUGAUUUAUUUUCAAUUUUUUCCCCUGAAAAGGCUGUUGCUUAUGAAGAACAGGUACUAAUAUGCAUUCACUCAAAUUAUUAUGGCAGGUCUAGACAGGAAGUGUCUCUCUUUGUUUUUUGAGUUGGUGAAUUUUGAAACCUGUGUAUAAUAUAUGCUUUUGAUGCCCGUUUGGAAGCAUCAUGACGAUAAGAUAAUGACUGUUUCUCUAUGAAUAUUGAUGAUGCCUAACUGUAAAAACACAAAUUAUGAUGCUUACCUCAUUGAACUU